GUGAGUGGGGCCCAUAACAAACCCCGCUGCCGAAAACGGGCACCGUAGCUAUUAAGUUACUCCCGUAGAGUGAGUCUCUUCUGCUUGGUAUGGGCCUAGUAUGCUGCCAAGCCCACGUCGGUUCUCUCGUAGAGAGAACGCGAGAGACAAUCAGCUGUGGCUGGCUGGCUCCCCCACCCCCUCGUCCCUCACGCAACGCCAACCCACACAUUCAGUGUUUGGGCCAGGGCUGGGCAAGAGGCAGCCAUGACAAGCUCCCCUGUUUCCAGAGUUGUUUACAAUGGCAAGAGAAAUAGCAGCCCUCGCUCCCCAAGCAACAGCAGUGAGAUCUUCACUCCUGCACAUGAGGAGAAUGUGCGCUUCAUUUAUGAAGCAUGGCAAUGUGUGGAGCGGGAUCUCCGCAGCCAGAUGGCAGGUGGUGAACGGGGACUUGUGGAGGAGUAUGUGGAAAAGAUACCAAACCCCAGUCUGAAGGCAUUCAAACCUGUUGAUUUGAGUGACCUAAAGCGGCGGAAUACACAGGAUGCUAAGAAAUCCUAAGGUGGCCUGGCAUGGCCCAGCCCCAAGUUCUGGCACGUGGCCACUGAUACAUGAAUUUGAUGACUUUGUGUUGGUUUCCUCCUUUGGUCUGGAUUGUGUCUGGGGCUGGCUCUGAACUCUCUAGGAAAGAUAGGCUUUGUGCCUUUCCUUCACAGCAUCCCCUGGCCUGGGCUGCCUGCCUUCAUUCUGCAAUUGGCCCCAGGAAUUCUCCUUUUUCCCUAGUAAAUGACAUUUUGCUCUGAUGGUGGCCAAGAGACUGGUGUGUACUCUGUUAUUUUAAGAGUGUGGAAUAAGGCAGAAUGGAAUCAGGAGCAACCUGACCUAUUUUCUCCCUGAACUCCUCUCAAGGUCCAGCCUUUCUUAGGAAGCGGCCAAGGGAAGACAAUGGGAUAGAAGCAGUAAGGGUUUCUGUGUUCCAUCCUGCCAUUUUCAGUGUGGGAAUUUAAAAUGGUAACGCAACACAAAUACCUGAACUUUUCUCAGGUGAAUGAAAAGGUGUUGUGCUGCAGCCUCUUUAUGCAUGUGUUCAGCUCCUUGGGGCAACGGUGGGGGAGAACAGAAAACAGAAGCUGAGAGACCCAGGUACCAUGUUCCCCAGAGGGCAAACUCUUUUAAGGUUACUUCAGUAUGGGAUAAAAUGGCACCCUGUGCUGAGGAGAUAUUUCAUGUAGUGCUGUCUCUAUGCCCUGCUGACUUGCAGCCCCAGCCAGGGGGCAGGCAGUAUUUCUGAGCUAGCCCCAGAGCCCAGCCCUGUGCCCCAGCAGUGCUGGGGAAUAGCCUUAGUGUGUGCUGGGCACUUGCAGGUGACAGAACCGCCUGUGCUUGUGUCCAGCCCAGACACUGAUGUUGGGGACCCUGCCCAGAGUGGGUAGGCGAGGGGCAUGGUGGCUGUUCCUUUCCCUUUGUUAUGUCCUCUCUUGGUCUGUGUCUGUUGUUAAGGAGUGUUGUAAAUAAA